AUUUCAAUUCUUGAGUAAUUAUUUUUUAAGAAAAAUUAAAGUUUUUAUUUUCACGAAAAAUGGAAGAUACUCAAAGAAAUACUUCAGGCAAAUUUCAAUCUUUAGUUCGUUUUAAUAACCCAGUUUUGGUAACGAAACAUCCAGAGAGAAAAUCAGAUAUAGAUGUAAAACGUAUACAAACUGCCGGUGUGCUAUUAGAUGCAAAGAGAGAAACAGAGGAUAUACUGAAUGCCGUACUGCCACCACGCUGUUGGGAGGAAAAUGGACAGAUAUGGCAGCAAACUGUGUCCAGUAUACCAGCAACUCGUCAAGAUGUGAUAAAUUUACAAGAAUUAUUGGAUACACGUUUACAACAAACACAAGCACGUGAAACCGGUAUAUGUCCCAUUAGACGUGAGUUGUAUGGUCAAUGUUUUGAUGAAAUUAUACGUCAAGUGACUAUCAAUUGUUCGGAACGUGGUCUACUGCUGUUACGUGUGCGUGAUGAGAUUGAUAUGUCAAUGGAAGCCUACGAAACACUAUACUGUAGUUCCGUAGCGUUCGGUAUGCGAAAGGCUUUGCAAGCACAUGAAGAAAAAGAGAUGUUGCGUGAACGUGUGGCAGUCUUGCAAGGCGAGAAGGAAGAAUUGGAGGAGGUUAUUACUGAUAUGAAAAUUAAGAAUGAACAAAUGGAACGCCGAAAUAAUGAAUUACGUCAAGCUGAAGAGAAAAAGUUUGCCGAAGAAGUUACAUUUUUAAAAAAAACAAAUGCUCAAUUAAAAGCACAAUUAGAGGGUAUUACUGCUCCGAAGAAAUAGAAAUGAUUGUUAUUAUGUGUCAAAACGUCUUUAAAUUUGAUUUAUUUUUAUAGUAAAUAAAUUGUUUAGUUAUUAUAAAGAGUU